GAGGCGGUGAAUAAUUAGACUGUGGUAAGCAAAAGCGGCUGUCUGUAUGAAAUGACCUUAAAUCUCAGACUCUCCUGUCCACCCUAAAACCUUCAGUCACAAGAUAUCUGUAAUAGAGAAGCAUUUCAGUCCAAGACAUAUUGGGGAGGAGGGGUUUCGAUCUCGGGACGUGGCGACGAGGAGGAGGAACCUAAAAAAGAAAAAAAUGUCACAGUCCCUGGAGCUUCUGUUGAUACAGUUCUUGAUGCCUGAUAACGAUGCACGGAGGCAGGCGGAGGAGCAGAUAAAACGCCUAGCGAAAGAUCCUCAGGUUGUGCCGGCUCUUCUUCAGCACAUUCGCACCGCCAAGGCUGCUAAUGUCAGGCAGCUGGCAGCUGUUCUUCUCCGCAAAAAGAUCACCGGCCACUGGAUGAAGCUUUCUCCGCAGCUCAGAGAUUCCGUCAAGUCCGCCUUGAUCGAAAGCAUUACCGGCGAACACAGCCCACCAGUUAGGCGAGCAAGUGCAAAUGUUGUAAGUGUGGUAGCAAAGUAUGCUGUUCCAGCAGGGGAGUGGCCAGAUUUGCUGCCCUUCUUAUUUCAGUGCAGUCAAAGUGUUCAGGAAGAUCACCGAGAAGUUGCAUUGAUUCUCUUCAGCUCUUUAACGGAGACAAUUGGAGAUGUUUUGCGACCACAUUUUUCUACACUACAAUCAGUAUUUGUAAAAUCUUUACAAGAUGAAAGCAGCAAUCGUGUUAGAAUUGCUGCUUUAAAGGCAGUUGGAUCUUUUGUGGAGUACAUCCAAACUGAGAAUGAAGUUCUAAUGUUCCGGGAACUUGUACCACACAUAUUGAAUGUAUCGCGACAAUGUCUAGCUAAUGGAGAUGAAGAGGUAGCUACUAUCGCCUUCGAAAUAUUUGAUGAUUUGGUAGAAUCUCCGGCACCUGUACUUGGGUCAUCUAUACUGCCCAUUGUUCAGUUUGCUCUUGAAGUGUGCUCAAGGAAAGAUCUAGAAGCAAAUACUCGUCAUCAGGCAAUACAAAUCAUCUCAUGGCUAGCUAAGUACAAGCCUAAAUCGCUUAUUAAACACAAAUUGGUUAAUCCUAUUCUAGCAGCCAUGUGUCCUUUACUUGCUGAAGGUAAUAAGAGAGAUGAUGAUGAUGACCUUUCCGCCGAUCGAGCUGCUGCAGAAGUUCUAGAUACGAUGGCCAUGAGCCUGCCAAGAAAGCACAUUUUCCCACCUGUUCUUGACUUUGCUGCAUCGAAUUCUCAAAAUAUGGAUCCAAGAUACCGUGAAGCUUCAGUGAUGUCCUUGGGUGUCAUAUCAGAAGGCUGUUUUGAGGUUAUGAAGAACAAGUUGGAAAAUAUUUUAACUAUUGUCUUACAAGCCCUAAAGGACCCAGAGCAGAUAGUGCGUGGAUCAGCAUCCUUUACACUGGGACAGUUUGCAGAGCAUUUGCAACCUGAAAUUGUUGGACACUAUGAGAUUGUUCUUCCUUGCAUUCUGAAUGCUCUAGGGGAUAUAUCACCCGAUGUGCAGGAAAAAGCAUACUAUGCACUUGCUGCAUUUUGUGAAAACAUGGGAUCAGAGAUUCUUCCCUAUCUUGAUCCUCUCAUGGGAAAGUUGCUUGAAGGGUUGCAUAGCAAUCGCCGUGAUUUGCAAGAGACAUGCAUGUCUGCAAUUGGUUCAGCUGCUGCUGCUGCAGAAUUAGCCUUCAUUCCGUAUGCUGAGAGUGUUCUGGAAUUGAUGAAGAUUUUCAUGGUAUUUACUAAAGAUGAAGAUCUCCGUGCACGUGCAAGAGCUACUGAACUUGUAGGAAUAAUUGCAAUGGCUGUUGGGCGGCCAAGAAUGGAGCCAAUCUUAGCUCCUUUUAUCGAAGCUGCUAUUGCUGGUUUUGCUCUGGAUUUCAGUGAGCUUCGGGAGUACACUCAUGGUUUCUUCAGUAAUAUUGCAGAGGUCCUGGAUGACGGAUUUAUACAGUACCUCCAUCAAGUGGUUCCCUUGGCAUUUGCUUCAUGCAACCUUGAUGAUGGAUCGGCAGUGGAUAUUGAUGAUUCUGAUGAUGAUGGAGCUGCAAAAGUAUUUGGUGGUGUAUCUUCUGAUGAAGAAGCCCAAGAUGAUAGGAGAGUCCGCAACAUCAGUGUUAGAACGGGAGUAUUGGAUGAGAAAGCAGCUGCCACUCAAGCUAUUGGUUUGUUUGCACUUCACACAAAGAGUGCUUUUACACCCUACUUUGAGGAGGCACUUGAGAUUUUAACAAAGCAUGUUGGGUAUUUCCAUGAAGAUGUUCGUCUUCAGGCUAUUAUUGGCCUCCAGCAUUUAUUAACAGCCACCCAGGAAACUUUUCCAAGUUCAAAUGUAAGACAAUUGUCCCCCGAAACAAAGCACGUUCUUGAUACAGUGAUGAAUCUCUAUGUUAGGGCUAUGCAGGAGGAUGAUGAUAAGGAGGUAGUUUCCCAAGCAUGUAUGUGCACAGCAGAGAUCAUGAAGUCUUUUGGUUACAAUGCAAUUGAACCCUAUAUGGUAUCAUUAUCUCAAUCAACCUUGGAAUUACUGCGUCAAGAAGCUUGUUGCCAGCAAACUGAUGAGACAGAUAGUGACCUGGAUGAUGAUGACUGUGAGCAUGAUGAAGUUUUGAUGGAUGCAGUUACAGAUCUUCUCCCAGCAUUUGCAAAGUGCAUGGGUUCUCGAUUUGAGGCCAUUUUUGGUAGUUUUUUUGAACCUCUGAUGAAGUUUGCGAAGGCAUCUCGGCCACCUGAAGAUAGGACCAUGGUUGUUGCUUGCCUUGCAGAAGUAGCCCAAGAGAUGGGUUCUCCAAUUGCCCAUUAUAUGGAUAAUGUGAUGCCAUUGGUGAUUAAAGAAAUAGCAUCAACUGAAGCUGCAAAUCGGCGAAAUGCAGCCUUUUGUGCUGGUGAACUGUGUAAAAAUGGUGGAGAGGCAGCCCUAAAAUACUACAACGAUGUUCUUUGCGCUCUGCAUCCUUUGUUUGGAGAUUUAGAAACUGAUGAUGCUGUUAGAGACAAUGCAGCUGGUGCAGUUGCACGAAUGAUAAUGGCGCAGCCACAUGCAGUUCCCUUAAACCAGGUAUUACCAGUUUUUCUGAAAGCACUGCCAUUGAAAGACGAUCUGGAAGAAUCAUUAGCUGUUUAUAGUUGCCUAUGCAACUUAAUAAUGUCUUCCAAGCCUGAGAUUCUUUCUCUGAUACCUCAGGUGGUGCAAAUCUUUGCUCAAGUAGUUGCAUCUCCUGUUGAAAGUUCAGAAGUGAAAGCAGGGAUUAGCAUGGGCUUUUCCCAUCUGCUGUCGCAAUAUGGGGAUCAAAUGCAACCUAUCUUAAACAGUCUUUCUCCUCAGCAUUCUAAUGCACUAGCUUCAUUGAUAGCUCGAAGCUAAUUUUUGUGAAUGGACUAUUUUCGGUAGUAUCUUCUUUUCAACCUUAUAAAUUGUAAGGUGAGGUGAAUGCGCAAUUUUGUCUGAAAAUGCUGGAAGGUUUUGUUGUUUAUUAGAGAGAUUAUAUUUGCAUUCUUUGAGGGAUUUAUCGACAUUUUCUAUGUAAAGUGUGUGUGUUACCUCGAGGUUUCAAUUAUCUGUCUUUGGUUCACCUGUUAUCGAUCCAUUCUAGCUGUUAGAAUCAAGAAGCAUGCUUCAGCAUGGCAGCACUGCUAAGGUUAUUUGAAUCUUGCGGUUUUUAAGUCGCCGCUAGGAAGGUUACCAAUUUUAUUGAGUUGAGAAGUUAUUCUUUAUUCAAAUUCAUUUGUCCAGUUUGAUAUUUCUACAAGUUUUGACAAUACUUUUUCUUUGAUUGACCUUCGUGCUUUGAUUUUAUUGAGUUGAGAUGUCAUUCUUUAUUCAAAAUCAUUUUGAUUGAAAUGUUUGUAAAUUUGACGAGGAUAUAUUUCUUUUAUCAACCUUAUUGUUUGGGAGCCAUUGUAGUGAUGUUUUGGCUGCUCCAAGCUGUGGUCAUGUAUAUACAAGUGAUUUAUAUUAAUUUAUCCAUUUAUAUCGAA